GUCAGACCCUGGGGCGCCGGCCGCCAGCGACAGCACAGUGUGGGAGUGAGAGGAAAGAUGGUGGAGGUUUGCGCGUGGUUGUCCUGUCAUCGCACCCAGAAAAUCCGCAAUAGCAAGCAGUGUAACCAGCGUUGUCGAUCGCCUUUAGCCGUUCCCGGUCGUGUGAAACCCAGCACCAGGUCCCAGAGGCGACUGCCUUCGGUUGGCUGAUACAGGGCCCGCCAGCGAGAGGAUCGUCCCGGUCGGGUGCCAGCGCCAAGUGUCGAGCAGCGGGGAUGCCGAAAUCCCGAGGCCGGACUGGCCACAAAAAGGGUUCUUUGAGACAUGAACUACUACAGCUGAAGGUUUCAGCCAAAGUAGCUCAACAGAAAGGAGGGCAGAAUGGAAUUAAAGGGGACGCUCAGACCAGUGAUGAUGAUCUCGCCAGUGAAGUGCUCAGUCAUUGCAGCAGUGCCAGUGAGACGGCCAGUGUGCCUGAGGAAGGAGGUGAAGGUAUUAAUGAACAAAUGGCCCAGGAGGAAGCAGAAAAUAAGUUGAAGGAAUGUAUUGAUAAUACAAUGGAUAAAAGUGCAAAGGUACGGCAAAAUGCUCUUGAAAGCCUCAAGUUAGCGUUUUCUUCAAAGAUUCUGGCAGAUUUUUUGGUGGAGAGGCGAGUUACUCUCACUGACUGUUUGGAACGCUGCUUAAAGAAAGGGAAGGGUGAAGAACAAGCCAUUGCAGCGACUGUCAUAUCCUUACUGUGUAUUCAGCUGGGAUCGUGCAAAGAAGGAGAAGAUGUUUUCAAAACCCUGAAAUCUGUCCUAACUAAUAUCUUUACUGACAAAUCAUCUAGCUUGGCUGCCAGACACAGUACAGCCGUUGCUCUGGGAACAUGCUGUUACAUUGCUGCUAAUGAAGCAGAGGACCUUGCAUCUUGCCUGGCCUGUUUGGAGAGCGUCUUCAGUGCUUCAUAUAUAAAGGGAGAUGGAUUAGUUCCCUCCCAUAAUUCUCAGACUCAAGUUCUUCACUACAAUGCUCUGCAGUCCUGGUCCUUACUGGUUACGAUCUGUCCAACCUCCAAAAUUCAGAAGCUCUUAGAAAAUCAUCUGCCCAAGUUACCUGGUCUCCUGUGCAGUGAUAGUGUGACCUUGCGAAUAGCAGCUGGGGAAGCUAUAGCGCUUCUGUUUGAAUUGGCACGCAAGAUUGAUCAAGACUUUUUGUACGAAGGGACUGAUCAACUUUGUGAAAAGCUGAAGGGCUUGGCAACCGACAGUAACAAACACAGAGCAAAAAAUGACCGACGAAAACAGCGUUCCAUUUUCCGAGAUGUCUUGCAUUUCAUUGAGGAUGAAGAGUGUCCAGAGGAAACAAUCAAGUUUGGGAUUGAGUGCCUUUGCAUAGAUAGUUGGGUUAAAAGAAGAGUCUAUGAUGCCUUCAAGGAGAUUCUUGGAUCUGGUAUCAGGCACCAUCUUCAGCAUAACGAAUUGCUGCGGGACAUCUUUGAACUGGGUCCACCUCUAAUGUUAGAUGCUGCUACUAUCAGGGCAAAUAAAAUUUCAAGAUUUGAAAAGCAUUUGUACAACUCUGCGGCCUUUAAAGCAAGGACCAAGGCAAGAAACAAAGUCCGGGAUAAAAGAGCUGAUGUACUUUGAGAAACCAAAACCAUCAUCAUGUCAGACCUCUGCAUACUUUAAUGUUUCUGGUCACUGUGAUUAUAAAUUACAUUCAACAGGGUUUUCUCAAUUGUGUAAACAAUCAUGGGGCCUUUUUAAUGUUGCAUACGUGCACAGUUCCCAUUGCUGUGUUUGCUUUUUAUUUAAUUUUCAUUUCUCAAAGUCAACAUUCAAAAUUAUAAAGGAGAAUAUAACCUGCAGCAUAGGUUCACAAAAAGCUUACUGCUAUGGAGUGAUGCCGCCACUGGAUUAAGUAAAUUAAUAUGAUUGUCUCCACUUGACCCCUUGUCUUGCAGAGUGAACUUGUAAAUUUGGUCCCUCAUUCAAACUAUAUUACGAUGAAAUUGAUUAAACAUUUCAAAUGAUUUUAAUUUUGCAAAAAAGAAGAAAAGCACAAAAAUAAGUAGGUAAUAUUUUGUAAUUUUCUACCUACGUUUUGUACCACUGUUUCUCGUUUUUAAGUAUGAAUGGAUGGGCAUUAUGAGAGUUGUUGGGUUUGGAAAAAGCCAUGUGUGCAGGUUUAUGUAUUUGGAAAUGUUAGUUAGCAUUAUAUAAAGCCCAAAAGUUUGAUUUUGUACUGGAAAAUUAUCCCACUCUGACUUCAGUACAACCAACCUGCAAAUUUUAGCUUCCUGCCAAACUUGCCACUUUUCAUGCAAUGAAAACAGAAUGAGAAUGUGUAAAUGAUGAUUGACAUUUGUUUAUUUGGACCUCUAUUAUUUAAAACUGUAUGGUAUAGCAGAGGCCAUCUACAGCUGACUGGGUCACUGGAAAGUAUAUGGAUUUUGUGGGAUUUCUUGUGACUCCUUCCAUAUGUUUUAGAUGUGUGUAAACCAAUUCCAUUCUAAUAUAUGUUUGCCUUACUCUAGAUCUAUGAUGCUUCAGCCUUAAAGUUAUUUAUUUAGGGCAUACAUACAUAGUGAAUUUGAAGCUGAGUAUUCUAUUUGACUUGUACAAAAUAAUUAUUCCAUACAAGUGUAUUUUAUGGAAUUUGGAAAUCACUGGAAAGGCCAGCAUUUUUGCCCCUCCCUAAUUGCCCUUGAACUGGCUGACUAAUUAGACUAAUUCAAAGGGCAACUACAGAUCGUUCUGCUUUAAUGUGCAUUUUGUUAAUGCGAAUUUGCUGUAAUGUGAUUGACUAAUUGGGGACAUUGUUUCUAAAACGUGUUGGCUGUAAUGCGAUUUUAAGUGCUGUUUGUAAAGCAUCAUUUUUCUAUCAUGCGGGUUGUACAAGAAUGCAACCGUCGCGUUAUGAAAUAACUACUUGUACAUUGUUGUGGGCUAGACUGGAUAAAGAUGAUUGAUUUUCUUUUCUAAAAGAUAUUAGUGAAUCAGAUUUUAUUUUCUUAUGACAAUUGAUUAUGGUUGCAAUUGGUGAGCUGGCGUUAUAUUCCAAUUAUUUUUAACUCAACAAAUUUAAAUUCUACCGGCUGUCAAAGUAGGACCUUGUGUCCCAAAGUAUUAUCUUUGGCCUCUGCUGUACAAGUACAGUGACAUAGCCACUAUGCUAUAUCUCCCGGUUAGUUAAACAUGAAUCAUUUCAGGGUUUUUUCUAGCCAAAGGGUAAAACAAUGGGUGCUUUAUUGUGAUUGUUUUUAGAAAUCUCAGGCCUAAAACUGCCUGUUUCUCCCGUGUUGCUGUAGGACUAGAAGGAUUACUUGAGUGCUGACUGGGGUUGAUCCUCUUCCUCCUCUUUUUAUAAUCAAGUUUUAUUUGUUCAGUGUUGCACUGGAGGAUAAAAUAGCACAGGCAUUCUUUCCUUGGGCAUUUUAGGAAUGAGACAGUGAAAACAGAGGAUAGUCUUGUUACAUUAAUGGUGCGAUUAAUUAUAUUACGAUUUUGAUCCUACCUCCAAUUCUAUGACUUUGGUUGCAUGUACAGUCACUCAAUCUCUUUGCUUAUGGCCAUGUUUUCUACAAACAUAAUAUGGAAUUACUUCUGACAUUUGGAUGCUGCAUGUGAAAAUUUUGUUUUCACCAAUAUACAAAUUAGAAGGACAUUCACCUACUUUGACAAAAAAACUUCAAACAUUUGGCCUUUAAAACCAUCUUACCUUGAUGAAUGUGACACUCUAGUUAAUUUUUCGCAUGAACUGAGUACCUUUACUCAGGAAGCAGAGUUACCCUACAAGUACUGGUUUUCUUUGGGUCUGCACAGAGCUGGUACUGCACUUUAAUGGACCAGAGCCUAUUCUACAUCCCAUCACCAUCCUCCCAUUGCCAUUUAAAAAAUGUAUUUCUUUAUACACCAUACACCAAUAUUGUGAAAGAAAGCUUAAUUUUCAUGCGUUAUCAACCCAGCUGGCGAGAGGGAUGGUGGUUUUUGCUCUUUAUUCAUACUUUACCAAUGGACCCAAGAGAAGUUGAGGAAAUUUUUUUUAAAAUUCAAUUAUGUCUCCAAAUGGCGAUGAUUGGCUAUCAUGCAUGUACACCUUUAAACUUAUACUUGAUUGGUAACACUCAAAUGUCAGAAUGGAACAGAUUUUGCAAAUGAAUCUCUCUGCUCCCCUGCUCCAGGAGUUUGGCUUUGAAUAGUUGCGUUUCCUUGUCUCCCCUUCCUAGAAAAUUGCAUUUGCAAUUCCCAAGUGCCCUCUCUAUAAUAUAAUGAACCCUGGUAGAUCUAAAAUUUGUAGUUUCCAACAGAUUUGAAAUCUGUCUCCUGCUGCUUCAGACAAGUCAUAUUUUUAUGCAAACAAUUUUUAACAAAAUUCUUUUCCAAAUCUCUCUGUGCAGAAAAAAAAAUAAGGAUUUUUGUGAAU